GUCUGACUAACUACGCGGCCAUGUUGUGUUGUCUAGGACUACCGCACCGCACCUGAAACCGGGAUGUUGGUAACCUGACGCCUCUACCUAUUCGCGGUGCUCCACCACAGUGACUUGUGAUUGGCUGUGAGAGCUUCAGAGGCAGGGGACAUUAGUACGACGUAGGUGCACCUGCUGAAAGUAGGUAGCAGUAUCAACAGGACUCCGGACAAAAGUCCACGUAAAUUAGUCUUAGCUUUACCUUCAAAUUAGUUUCUACUUGUUAUUGGGACUUUAAUUGUUACUGAAUUUCCCCUGGAAAGCACUUUGUGGUGACACCUAUCAUAACCAUCGAACUCAGCAUUGCGGUGGGAGCUAACAAAGCCAAAGGAAAAUCUAAAUACAAAAGGAGAUUACCACUUUCUGUCUGUCGUCAGUCUCCAACUGAUACAUUUGUACCACAUCACAAGGAGGGUACAAGAAGAUGCCCGUUCAGAUACCAGACGAUACAGACUUUACCUCUUUCAAGGAACAAUGUGAAAACCAGGAGGGAUGGACCGCGCGCUACAACAAGGGAAACGUGACGGUGUGGUGCAGGGAUGAAGAGUGUAAAACUAUCCAGAAACUAAAGAUGAGGAUAGUGUGCAAGGACGUGACUGCUGACACCCUUUACGACGUCCUUCAUGACACCAGCUACCGGAAGAACUGGGACAGCAACAUGAUCGACACCCACGAUAUCGGCAGACUUACUGUCAACGCAGACGUAGGAUAUUACUCCUGGAAGUGCCCGAGCCCCCUGAAGAACAGGGACUUUGUCACAAUGAGAUCAUGGCUUCCUCUGGGCAACGACUUCCUGAUCAUCAACUACUCUGUCAAACACCCGCAAUAUCCACCCAGAAAGGACUAUGUGAGAGCGGUGUCUCUGCUGACAGGCUACCUGAUUCAGUCCAACGGAGCCAGCUCCUCCACUCUCUAUUACCUAAUGCAGGUCGAUCCUAAAGGUUCCCUUCCCAAGUGGGUGGUGAAUAGAGCUUCUCAGUUCGUAGCACCAAAGGCCAUGAAGAAGAUCUACAAGGCCUGUCAGAAGUAUCCAGAGUGGAAGAGGAAGCACAACCCUAACCUGAAGCCCUGGAUUUAUCCCGAGCAGAACACCUUACCGUGUAUUAACGUGUCUGACCUUGUACUACAGAGAGCCGACUCACUGGAGAACAUUGAUGAGAGCCGCCUGACGGAGGAGAAACAAGCACAACAUCACAGCGAUGACGAAGAGACCUAGUCUGAGUGAAGACACUGUUUGUAUGUAAUUGUGUGGCUGUGUUUAAAAUAGCACCCUAUUCCCUGUAUAGUGUAUUACUUUUGUGCAGGGCCCAUUAGGCUCUGGUCAAAAGUAGUGCACUACUUACCUAUAGGGCCCUGGUCAAAAGUAGUGCACUAUAUAGGAAAUGGGGUGCCAUUUGGGACACACACUCUGAGUGUGUGUGUGUACAGUACAAAUAACGUACAUGUAUGAUAGACUAUCAUUUUGAUCUGAAAAUGUGUCUUGUUGCAUUUAGUUGCUGAUUUAUCUAUAACGUAUUAAAUCAGAGGGGUUUAACAGGGUAUUUUCAUAUAGCAUGACAAAUUGGGGGGGAAAUCUGACAUAUUCUUCCAAAAAUGGACGCCAUAUUUACGGUGCUAUCGUUCAAUUAAAUAGUAUAAUAUCUCAUUGACAGUAAUAACAGAGUAAACCUUUGAGUAAAACUUUGUGUCUCUUUCAAAAAAACUAAUUUGAAGACAAUAUUUCAAGACCCUAUUCACGUUUGAUUUGACUAAGCUUUCAUUUGGCUCCUGAGGGGUUGCAGCGGUCCAAGCCACUGCAGGCUUCAUCACAUUCGGCUGUGAUUGGGACCCCCAUAGGGCGGCGCCCAACAUCGCCCGCGGUAGCUCGUCAUUGUAAAUAAUAAUUUUGUUUUUAACUGACUUGCCUGGUUAAAUAAAAACAAAACAAAAAAUACAGUAGCCUUUACCAAUACAGGCAACCUACUACAGUAUAUUUCCAGGUCUCUAGAGCCUCCCAGUGGCAGUAAUAUGUCAUAACAUUUCCUCAUCCCCCAGUGUUCCGGAAGACAUGAGUUGUUAGAACAAUGGAAUGUCAAGUUUGUUAGGAAGUGAAUUAGCAUAAUGCACCAAGACAUGUGUUCUUUUGUACAGUGAAUGGCCCACUGAGGCUCCUAAGUCACAGGGGAGGAGAGAUGGCAGCAUAACCUGUUUGGAAUCGUUAUAGUUUUUUAUAACCUUAGGGGUCAUGAAGCAUGUUUAGCUGUUAAAAGGUCAUUACAUCACUUCUACUUUGGUGUUGCCUGUUCUGACUGAAUAUCAAAGAUUAUGUAUUAAUUAAUAAAGUUAUUAUUAGGCAUGUGUUUUCAUUUAAUUCAAACUGUCUUUUUGUAGGAUUUAAUGAUAUGUUUCCAAAAUGGAGCGGCAUCAUGUUCACACUGUCACGGUCGCUGUAAUAAUUAUCGGACCAAACUGCAGUGGUUUGGUAACCAAUGUGGUUUCCACAUAAAAUUUAUUUGAAAACGCACAAAACAACGAAACAAACAACGAUCUGUGACUACAGAGGUGCUACAUGCACUAACUUAAAACACAAAAUUCAAUAUCCCACAAAACACAGGUGGAAAAAAGGCUACCUAAAUAUGAUCCCCAAUUAGAGACAACGAUUACCAGCUGCCUGCCUCUAAUUGGGAACCAUAUCAAGCACACCAACAAAGAAAUAUGAAAACUAGAACGCCACAUAGAAAUAAUAGACUAGAACACCCCAGUCACGCCCUGACCUACUAUACCAUAGAGAAACAAUGGCUGUCUAUGGUCAGGGCGUUUAGUUCAAACUGUCUUUUUGUAGUAUUUUCUGACACGUUUCCAAAAUGGAGCCGCAUCAUGUUCAUACCAACGCACUUGUUAAAUAAAGAGAAGUUGUCUCCUGAUUUUAAGACCUUUGCGGCUGAUGUUCUUGAUUCUUAAAUUCUAAGUACAAGUUCCCAUUUUGUUUUUCUCCGUCGAUAAGGAACGUUUAUGUGUGACUGUAUCCCUUUUCAGAGUUAAAAAUGCAGCUGGGGGCCAAUCCUCAGAAUCUGUAUUGUCUCAGGCACUUCCUUUUCCCCCAUGGCUACUUCCUGUCACAAUUCCUGUCCGCAUCAGUCAGAUUGUUUUUUGAGGGAAAGGAAACGCCACUAGUGUCUAGAUUUCUCACGGCACAAAAGCUUCUCGUUGCUUUUAGAACUCACAAUUCCUUGCUUUGUUAGCAUAAAACGUCUUCCAUUUUGAGUGAUCUUUGAGAAUUAAAGUGUGUGAUGUU